AUGACUGUACAGAUAAUGAAGAGAUUGGCGAUCAUUGGUGGAGGCCCUGGAGGUCUUGCCACAGCUAGAGUAUUCUUGAAAAAUUCGACCGACUACCAGAUCGACCUGUUCGAAGCAGAUGCAACUGUAGGCGGAUUGUGGCACUACCCAGACACCGGUCGCGAUGGCAGACCGAUGUAUGAGCACCUGGAGACCAAUAUAACGAAACAUAUCAUGCAGUUUAGUGGGUUCCCAUUUCCAAGUGAAGUGCCAACGUAUCCCUGGAGAAAGAAUGUGUUUGAGUACUUGAAGAGCUACUACGCUGCUUUCAUUGAGAAUGAGGAAAGAGUCAAGGUUCAUUUGAAUACUCGGGUUUUGCAGCUUUCGAAGAAGGCUUCAAUGUGGAACCUGACAGCGAGAAACGCCGAGGAUGACAGCCUGUUGGAAGCGAAUUUUGACUAUGUGGUGGUGGCCAACGGCCACCACCUGGAGCCAAGGAUGCCGGACGAUGUGGCUGGUUUGGAUGAGUGGGUAAAGAACGGGGCUGCUAUCCCAGCUAGAGAUUUCGAAAAUUGUCUCUUUGCCAGAGGCAAAAAUGUCGUUGUGGUCGGGAACGGUAGUUCAGGGUCUGACAUCUUGAACCAGGUGUCGACCGUGGCUGACAAGGUGUACCACAGUGUCAGAAAUGUUGAGUCUGUGGUCAGCACUACGGGGUAUCCGAAAUUCGAGGGGUUGAAAACCGUGCCAACCAUUGCACGGGUGAACUGGCCGACUCGUACCGUGGAGUUCUCCGACGGCACCCAAAUUGGGGACAUUGACUAUCUGAUUUAUGCAACCGGAUAUCUGUACUCUCUGCCCUUCGCAGACAGCUCUUUGAGGGCCCAAUUGCUUGGCGAUCCCGACAGGACUUCAGCAUGCAGAAUUUUCAACCUUUGGAAACAGAUAUUCUAUGUGCGGGACCCGACAUUAGCUUUCUCGUUGCUACCUCAAUUGAUCGUCCCAUUCCCGUUAGCAGAGCUGCAAGCGGCCCUGAUGGUUAAGGCGUUCAACGGCGACCUGACUGUCCCACCACAACCCGAUGAUGUCCUGGAUCCAGAAUUACUGCAGAAACAACCAGCCUACCAUCCAAUCCCAGAUUUCAAGGAUGUGGACUACUACAGAGAGCUACAAGCGAUCUUGGAUGGUGCGGGAGGCUCUAAUGAUCCGUUGCAGCCUGUCAAAUGGAAUGAAGAGUACAAGCAAAUGAGGAUCGCGUCUACAGGCGAUAAGCAAAAGCGUAAUAUCAUUCUCACCCAGCACGCAAGUAACUUGAGAGCUCAAAACAAGCCCUACGAGCUGAUCAACUUCUCAUUAUAG